AUUGCAUAUGCUAUUAAAAAAUAUGUUAGAGUUGGAUUUGAGAUAAAAGAAGGCAUUGAUAUAGAAAAUGCAAUCAAAUAUUUGUGUGAUACAUUAAUAGAAGAACUAAAUCCUAAUUGUGAAAAAUCUGAUAAAAAAAUAAAGUCAUUAGUUGGAAUAUCUAAUAUGAAUGAAUGGAAAUGGCCAAUAGACAGACCAUUUGCAGAUUUCAUACAAGCAUGUUCAUUGCCAAAUAUAG